AUGCUAUCACCGAUUCAUACCUGGGACGAGCUGGGGCGGCUCCAUAUCAUCUUCGUCCUUGAUCCGUCCCUUUACCCGGGGCCGUGCAUCCGCAAGCUUCUUGCGGCAGUCGUAACGGAUAAGUUUUCCAAACCUGCGCUCUCUGCGCUUUUGCCUAAACCGAACCAAGGCGGCCUCCCUGGUCUUCUUCUUAAACUCGCGUAUGGGUUCCUGCUUCUCGUGCUCGAUACGGUCCUUCCGCUCUGCCUGGGUCUCGGGCUUGACGGGGCCCUUGGAGCGGUGUUGCAUCUGUGCGGUGUGCGCGGACGGCAUGAGCAUGCCCUGCGGGUAGGCCGGGUGCUGAGCACCGGCAAACAAAACCAUGCCUUGUGGGGCAUACAUAGGGCUCGGGGCGGGCGGGAUCAUCACUUGUGGGUGCUGACCGAUCAUGAGCAUGCCGUGCGGGUGUUGGUGGGGGUGCGACGUGAGGAAGAAGGGCUGGGCCGGGUGCUGAACGGGAGAACAUGCCGUCGGGCAUGUCCUCCGUCUCCCCCGUCUCCCCUGACGGCCGCUACCCCGCGAAUACGAUUGGGUCAGACGAGAGCUUUUUGA